AUGAGCACCACACUCGACUCCAAGUCCGACCCGGCAAAGGUCGAGGCCUACGGCGACAUUGACCAUGUCGCCGACCUCGACGAGAAGGCAUCGCCCGCCUCCUACAAGGCCGAUGCCAUCGAGGCUGAGCAGGCCGAGCACAACAUGGGAGUCAUCGAAGCCGUCAAGGCCUACCCCAUGGCCUCCCUCUGGGCUUUCAUCAUGUCUACCACGAUUAUUAUGGAAUCCUACUGCGUCUUCCUGAUGGGUGCUUUCGUCGCCAUGGACGAGUUCAAGGACAGAUUUGGUGUCGAGGCGGAAGACGGCAAGCAGAUCGAGGCUUCGUGGCAAUCCGCCCUUCAGAUGGGUGGUCCUCUUGGCGCCAUCAUUGGUGUCUGUAUCGCCGGUCCCAUCACCAGUAAGAUCGGAUACCGCUGGGCCACCAUCUCCGGCCUCAUGUUCCUCAACGCCUUCAUCUUCGUCUUCUACUUCGCCAACUCGCUCGCCGUCAUGUUCGUCAGCCAGCUUCUCGAGGGUAUUCCCUGGGGUAUCUUCAUCGCCAACGCGCCCGCCUACUGCUCUGAGAUCGUGCCCAUGCGCCUGAGAGCCCCUGCCACUCAGAUGCUUCAGAUGUUCUGGGCUAUUGGUGCCAUCAUCGUCGGUGGUGUCUGCUACUGGAUGUUCCCCACUCCCCUUGCCAUCCUUUUGUUCCUUGCCCCCGAGUCCCCCUGGUGGUUGGUCCGCAAGGGACGUCUCGAAGAGGCUGCUGUUUCCGUCCGCCGUCUUGGUCGUUCAUCUGCCGUUGCCAACAUUGAGGAGUCCGUCGCCAUGAUGCGUCGCACCAUUGAGCUCGAGAAGGACGUCAAGGACCCCAGCUACAUCGAGCUUUUCAAGGGCACCGACAGAUACCGCACCCUCAUCGUCUGUGGUGUCUACGCCGCCCAGAACCUUACUGGUAACCUCAUCGCCAACCAGGCUGUUUACUUCUUCAGACAGGCCGGUAUUGGCUCCCAGCUUGCCUUCGCCCUUGGUCUCAUCACCUCCGCUCUCCAGACCGUCUUCGUCAUGCUUUCCUGGAUUCUUACGACCUACCUCGGCCGCCGCACUAUCUACGUUUGGGGUUCGCUCAUCAACGUUGCCUUCCUCAUUGCCCUUGGUAUUGCUGGCUCCGUUGGCAAGUCCACCGCCGCCUCCUUGGCGAUGGCCUCUUUGGGUCUUAUUGUCUCCGUCGGUUUCACUCUCGGACCUGCCCCCGCCUCGUGGGUCAUCAUUGCCGAGACAUCUUCCAUUCGUCUUCGUCCUUUGACCACUGGUAUUGGCCGUGCCGCUUACUACGUCGUCAACAUUCCCUGCAUUUUCCUCGCCACCUACAUGCUUAACUCUACUGGUGUCAACUUGGGCGGCAAGUGCGGUUACGUCUGGGGCGCCACUGGUUUCGUCUGCUUCGUCGUCGCCUUCUUCUUCUUGCCUGAGAUGAAGGGCCGUUCGUUCCGCGAGAUCGACAUUAUGUUCAAGCGCAAGAUCCCUGCCCGCCAGUGGAAGAAGACCGUCAUCGAUAUCAACGAUGACGAGUAG